AUGUCUGUUCGACUUGGAAAACCGUUUCCGGAGUUUAGCUGUGAAACUUCUCUUGGUUUUAUAUCUAGUUUUCACGAAUGGAUUGGUGAUAAGUGAGUUUUUUGUUUGUUUAAAUUAAUUUUAGGCAUGGAUGAAGGUUUGGAUUGUCAAAAGACCUUGUGGAGCUCGAAUAGAAGCUGUAUAUACCGAGAACAGCAAGUAAAACAUUACUAAGAUGUUGUUUAAUUUAAUAUAGCUUUAUCGUUUCAGCUGGGCCAUUCUUUUCUCUCAUCCAGCCGAUUUCACACCGGUAUGCACAACAGAAUUGGCUCGUGUAGCUCAAUUGGCUCCAGAAUUCGCCAGGAGAAACACUAAACUGAUUGCUGUUAGUGUGGAUUCUGCAGAGUCGCAUAGACAUUGGAUUAAAGACAUUGUUUCGUUUGGCAAUAUCGCUGCUGAUGGAGAUAUUGUGAAGAAGAUUGAGGAAGGUAAUGGUUUCUUUCGUUUUUCUUUGUUUUUAUGUAUUCAAAGAGCUGACGGAUGUUUUUCUACAAGUUGAGAGUCUCAAAUUUGAGUUUUUUAAGUUAAUUUUGUAUUUUACAUUUUGAACUCAUAAUUCUCGGCUAAACGUUCUACUUUAAUAUCUUUUUUUCAUCGCUACACAGUUAUUUUUGACUCUGUUUUAAUAAAAUCUUCUAAUUGACUUAAGUCAACAUUAAUGAUAAUGUUCCUUUCAGAAAAGUUUCCAUAUCCGAUCAUAGACGACUCAAAACGAAAGCUGAUUGAUUUAUUGGGUAUGGAAGAUCCGGACGAGCUUAACCGAUCAGGUAUGCCUUUGGCUGCACGUGCUGUAUUUAUCAUUGGACCUGAUAGGAAACUGAAGUUGUCUUUGUUGUAUCCAGCGACUACUGGCCGGAAUUUUGAGUGGGUUUCUUGAUUUUUAUCUUAUUUUAGGUAAUCUUCAGGAUAAACCUAAUGAUGAUCUAAUUUUUGUGGUUUUAAGGUUAUUUUUUAAGUUUUUAGUUAUAGAAUAGGCAUGAAAAGACUUAAGAAUUUGUUUUUUAGAAAAUUAAAUUACUCUAUUAAAUAUCUACAUUACCUUGUUACCUAUGUUAAAAUGUUCAAAAAUCUAAAACAACAUAAAUUUCAGCGAAAUCCUCCGAGCCCUCAGCUCACUCCAGUUGACUGCAGCUCAUCCAGUAGCAACUCCAGCUGACUGGCACCCAGGAGACGCGUGUAUGGUUGUUCCGAGCCUUGACAAUGAAGCAGCUCAACAAAGAUUUGGCGAUAUCAGAGGAUUGGCCGUCCCUUCUGGCCGAAAUUACCUUCGAAUGGUCAAUCUCAAGCCUUCGUAG